AUGGGUGCCAGUACUGUGGAGACCAAACUCAGGAAGCUGGAUCCACUCAGGUCAUCCUCUGACCCAGAGAUGAAUUGUUGCCACUCGGAAACUCAUGUCGCUACAAUGAAGGCUUUAAACAAAAGUUAUAAACGUGAAAAGAAUCUCACUGGUGACUUCUCCAAGGCUCUGUUGCUUCCUAUCCUUGAGAUUGGGAAACACCCAGGCCUAGCAAGUUCGGCGCAGCUGCUCCUGACACGUCUGCUCUCAACGAAGUCGGAAGUGUAUGUGUGUAUGUGUGUUGCCCUGUCUUUCAUUGUUGAGAUUGGUAGAAGGCCGACCAUUGGAGAGCCUGCGCACCAAGACAGCCGGCUCCCCCCCCCCACUGGCAGGCCGGUGGGAGGGGGCAGUUUGGGUCAACACCACCUGGGCUGCAGUGUCCCUGGCCCAGUGGAGCGAAGGGGGGUGUCCCAUCAACCAGUACAGUGUUGUCUACAGACAAACCAGUGCUGUUACCUGGAUUGUGGUAUCCAAGAGGGUGGAGGGGGGCCGGCCAGUGUGAUAGGGGGCCUCACACCCUCCACCCAUUACCUGGUGCAGGUGACUGCUUACAACUCUGCUAGGAGCUACUCCAGGGCUACUCCACCACCAUGCCCCUUCCUGGAGGCCCCUCCUCCCCUGGGUUAGUGAUGCCUGGGGUGGCCAUGACAGAUGUGAGGGUUCUGCUGCCCGUGGUUGCCUCCUCCCUGUCUGCUGGCCACUCUUGUCACCCGUUUGUGUUUGUGUCAGGAGGAAGUACGCAGACAACAUCUAUACAGCCUUCCAAAUGAACAACACACACCAACAACAUCAUCAACAACCACAACAACAACAACCAUCACAGCAACAACCAGUCACAGCCACCACAACCACCACCAUCACCACCACCACCCACACCACCAACAGCAGCAAUAACCACAGCAGCAACCACAGCCAAAAACAGCAACAACAACAACAACAAAAAUUAGGCCAGACACAGUGACCUUGCUUACAACAACAACUACAAUAACAAUAACAACAACAACAACCCCACCACAACGCUUCCCACAGCCACUACCAGCCAUGUGCUUAUUAUUAUAGCAAAGACCUUCAUCUCCGGAUUAACAACAGGUCGGAGCUCACAGUCAUGUUUGUGGCUUUCUUCUGCUCCACCAGUAAGAGGGGAAGCUGUUUUUUUGUCUACAUAUAUACAAGUUUGACUAAGCACUGUUACAAACUGCAGCUGUCUGUCUUCAGGUGGACCAUUACUGCCCCGACCCAACACUUGCAGCGCAGACCUUCAGACAGUACACGCACUUCCGCCAGUGAUGCUGUGUUGUAGAGAGAGGAAGAGAAGACAGAAGAGAGAGAAAGGAGAUAGGUGGUGGUGGUAGUAGUAGUAGUAGUAGUAGUAGUAGUAGUAGUAGUAGUAGUAGUAGUAGUAGUAGUAGUAGUCAUUGUGUGGGCCCUCUCUCUCUCUCUCUCUCUCUCUCUCUCUCUCUCUCUCUCUCUCUCUCUCUCUCUCUCUCUCUCUCUCUCUCAGCCCCACAGUAUGCUUACAAACCCACAGUCACCCCCCACAGCCAACCCCCACCCCUUUAUAUGUGUGUGUGUACUCUUCAAUAAAGGUAUAUGGUAA